UCAUUUCAGAGCAAAUCUCGUUGAGUUACAAGCUAAAAUAUUAGCGCUCCAAUAAAAUAAAAAUUCAUAAAAGGAAAAAUUACAUUUUUUCAUUUGUUUGGUAAGGAAAAGUUAAAGCAACGUUACGUAAAGAUGCGUCGGGCAGCUCAAAGCAAAGGCAACAACAGCGGCGAGCCGUCAUCCAAGAAGGAGAAGAUGGACAAGAAGGCUGAUAAGAAGGCCGGAUCCAAGGCACCGCUGGCCCCGAACAUUGCGAAGAAGAAGAUAAAGACGCCCUCGCCGGCAUCAUCGGCCAGCAGCGAUACCGACAGCGACACCACCAGCUGCUCCAGUGGGUCAUCGAGUAGCUCCUCCUCUUCAUCGUCGAGCGAGUCCGAGAGCGACUCGGAAAGAAAGAAGCGCCGUCAUCGCCGCUCACGAAAAACAAAAUCUUCAAAGAACUCCAAAUACAAAUCGAAGCGCAGCCGCUCGCGCAAAAGGGCUCCUGUGGUGGCGGCCGUGCCGACUCCCGUGCCGCCGCCCCUGCCAGUUAUAGUCCCUGCACCGGUUCCACCGCCAAGCUCGGCACCAAUGCCAUUGCCAAUACCAUUGCCGAUACCAAUGCCAAUACCAGUAACACCAACACCGAAGGAAGCUGCGCCAGCAAUAGAGAUUUGGUCUCCGGUUCCGUGCUCCAAGCAGCGCGGCCGCACUCUCCAUCGUAGCCGCUCUGGGCUGCCGGGCAUUGAAUCCAAGAGCAAGUGCAAGCACUCGACAAAGUCGCCAACUCCAAAAUCCAAGAAUAAAUCGCCGCCAAAAUCAAAAUCAAAAGACAAGGACAAGAGCACAACUGCGGCCACAAAGUCCAAUAAGGAGCACCAGCCGGCUGCAGCCACAAAGUCCAAGGAGAAAGAGAAGGAGAAGGAAAGGGAGAGGCGCCCAGCCGAGCGGCCAUCGUCGCGGGGCAAAGAAAAAGACAAGGACAGGGACAGGAGCACAACUGCCAAGGGUAAGGAUGUGGAAAAGGCUUCGACUUCGGCUUCAACCUCGACUUUAGCUUCGGCUUCAGUUGCCAAAUCCGUAUCAAGGGAUAAGGAACAUCGCCCAUCGUCUUCAUCGGCUUCAAGCAAGCACAAGGGGAAGCCAGACCCUAAAUCGCAGAAGAAAAAGGAGGAGACGCCAUCCUCCAAAUCAGUCGCAGCAAAAGCAAAAGACAAAGACAAAGAUAAAGACAAGGAUAAAGAUAAAGACAGAAAGUCCUCGUCGCGUUCAGCCUCAAGAGACAGGCAGCGACGCAUGCUGUCCCGCGCAACCACGGUUCCAAGCGAGAAGCGCCACUAUACCCCAUUUCGUUCAGCUGGAAAGCGCGCCCCGAGUCGUUCGACGUCGCGCUCCAGGAACUGGCGCUCGUUGUCACGCCCAACUCCCCGUUCCCGGGAAAGGCGCUCGAUGUCGGACCUAAGUGCUCGGAUCCGCAUUCGCCGCUCCCCGUCCUCAUCGUCGACGCCAUCGAUGAGCUACCGUCGGCGCAGCCUGGAUGGUACACCAAGUCCACUGCGUUCCCACGAUCACGAUCUGAAGACCGUGCGCCUGCAUAUUAAGGGCCUGACACGACAGGUGACCAAGACGCAUAUCGUGGAGAUCUUUGGCAGCUUCGGGCCCCUGACCAACGUUGACUUUCCCAUAGAUCACUUCUAUCGCGGCGGAUAUUCCCGUGCCGGGCGCGGAUUCGCCUUUGUCGAGUACGCUAAUCCCGAGGACUGCGAGUGCGCACUCAAAAACAUGGACGGCGGCAAGAUCGAUGGCCAGCGUAUUGUUGUCUCCCCCUUCGAGAAGAGCAUGCUCCGUUUUCCCAUGCGUCGUCGUUAUCCCUCGCCGCUCAACAUUCGUAAUCGCUUUUGAAUUGGAAUCGAUGGGCGGCGGACCAGAAGUUACGUUUAUACUUGAACUUUUCAAGCCCCUGUGUAAAUCAUUUACAUUUUAAUUUCAAUCCCCCCGUCAAACAGAAACAAUCCGUGUUGAUUUUAUAUAAGGAAUGAAUGAAAAUAAAACAAAUAUAAAAAUCAA